AUGUCCCUUCAGGCUAAAGUAACAAUGUUUGGAAAGUGGAACUCCACAGAGAAUCCAGGGGAAGAGUACGUGACUCUCAAAUCUGAAGCAGUGUCAGCAGAAACUGAAGAACAGCAGCGGGCUACUAAUGAACCAAGCACCUCAGCUUUACCAAAAAUCUCGUCUAAGGUGACCAAAGGAAAAAGAACUAUUAAAGAAGAAAAAGCUUCCUGUUCACAAGAGAAAGCAAAAAGCAACAACCAAAAACCUCGGAAGAAGAUUCCAAUUCCUCCGUUACCGUCUAAACUGCCGCCGGUUAACCUGGUCCACAGGGACAUCGUGCGGGCCUGGUGCCAUCAGCUAAAGCUGAGCACCAAGGGCCAGAAAUUAGAGGCAUAUAAGCGACUCUGUGAAUAUGCUUACCCAAAUCAAAAGAAUAUUCCUGCCACAGCAAAGGAAGCCAAGAUCCAGACACCGUUAAAAAGAAAAUCAAAUGUGGACAAGGGGAAAACACCUCUGGAGAGUUCUGAGAAAAAGAAGAUGUGUUCUGAGGAGACCGAUCCUCCUGAAGUGGCUUCUCCCCGUGAGGAGGGGGCACCUGCCCUUGAAUCUACUCUCCUGGAGGGGGUUAAUACAGUCGUGGUGACAACUUCAGCCCAGGAGUCUGUGCUGGCCUCCUGGACAAGAAUUGCAGGCAGGGCUAGGAAGAUGGAGGCAGUGGAAUCACCACAAGAGGCCUACGGUGUCAGGUGGUGUGUGGUACAUGGGAGAAGUCUCCCUGCAAACACGGAUGGUUGGGUUCAGCUGCAGUUUCAUGCUGGACAAGUCUGGGUCCCUGAAAAGCCAGGGAGAGUGAGUGCUCUCUUCCUGUUACCUGCUUGCAAUUUUCCACCUCCACACCUGGAGGACAAUAUGUUGUGCCCUAAAUGUGUUCAGAGGAACAAGGUGUUAAUGAAAAGCCUCCAAUGA